AUGAAUCGACUUAACAACCUUACACGUGUUAUUCCCAAAUCUUUUUUUUUUGCCAAUAAUAAAAUUAUUUAUCCUCUAUCCUCUACUUAUUUUGGUCAAGCUUCAGUUAAUAAAGGGAUCAAUAGAUUUUAUUCUAGUGGACAUGAAGAUGAAUCUUUCGACGCAUUCACUGAACGUUAUAUAAAAUUUUUUGAUGGAGUUGAUGAUCGAUUUGAAUUGCAAAGAGGUCUUAACAAUUGUUUUGCUUAUGAUUUGAUUCCUUCGCCUACCGUGAUUGAGGCUUCACUUAAAGCAGCUAGACGUGUAAAUGAUUAUUCAAUUGCUGUCAGGGUUUUUGAGGGUUUAAAACAAAAGGUUGAGAAUGAUGGUCAAUACAAUGAUUAUUUGGAAGAAUUGGCACCUAUCAAAGAAGAAUUAGGAAUAUUAACAAAAGAAGAAAUGGGUUUAUAG